AUGGCCCAGCCCUGGUCCCGGCCCCUCGUCCUAUCCUCACCCAGCCCUUGGCCCCCAGCCCCGCCCUCGCCCCGCUUCCCAAAUCGGCCCCUGCCCCGGCCUGGGUCCCAGCGAAUGCCCAGAUCCGAGUCCCAACCCAGGCCCCCCCUCCAGUCCCAGUCCCAGUCCCUGUGCCUGUCCUGGCCCCCAACCCCUCCUCUGCCCUUGUUCCACCUCCUGUCACAAAUCCCAGCCGAAACCCUGUCCCAACCCCAUUCCCAGUGUUUGCUUAAACCCGGUGCCCAAACCCUGCCCUUGCCCCAGUCCCCAUUACAGCCCCUCCUUCAAUCCCAUUCCCUGCCCUUGUUCAAGCCCCAGUGCCCAGCACAGCCCAAUCCAUUAUCUCAGCCUUUGCCCUCAUCUCUGUGUUUACCCAAGUCUCUCCCACUAUCCACCCCCCUCUCUCAUACCCUGCCCCUCUCCCAGCCUCGACUCAGGUCUGGGCUCCAGCUGCCGCCAGCCUUAUUGCUGCUGUUGCUGUUCUCGGUCCUUGGCCCGGGGGCUGGAGGCCUCUUCCUGACUGACUACUCCACCUGCUCACCCCGCAAGCUGAGUCCCUUCCGCUCCUUUGCCAGCACCGAGCUCUUCCACUUCCAUGUUCCUGAGGACACAUUCCUGGCUGUUUGGAACCUCAUCAUCUUCAAGGAGCAGGGGGGAACCUUUGGGGACCACUGCCCAGACCAAAGUGUGACUGUGUAUUUCCGGUCCGGGGCACCCCCUGUCAUCAAUCCCCUGCACACACACUUCCCAGGGGACACGGCUGUGCCUGGGGUUUUCUCACUGACCCUCAGCUGGACACUGCCCAACCGCACCUCAGGCAUCUUUAACGUCAGCAGCCCCUUACCUGGGGACUGGUUCUUGGCUGCCCACCUUCCCCAGGCCCAUGGCCACAUCUCUGUCAAGGGUCUCCAGGAUGAGUGUCAGUACCUCCUUCAACCACAGCUGAUUGUCCGGCGUUUGCUGGACGUUGCUGUGCUGGUGCCUGGCCGUCCCUCAGAGCAAACCCUCUCGGCCCACAAUCGCUCAGCCCUGUACAAGGUCUUUGUGCCCAGCUUUACUUACAGGGUUUCAGCACAGCUGGCGUGUGUGGGGAGCCGCGGGGCAUCAGCCUGCCCCCUGACGUUGCGCCUGCGCCCCAAGGCCCCACCCCUGCACAACUCAAGCUCUUUGUCCUGUGGAGGUGCCUCGGUGUGCCAGCUGGAGCUGGCACUGCCCCCCUGGGGGCACUGGGUCUACGUGCGUGUGGAGAUCCCAUCCCGGGGUCCUGGCAGGACCAUCCGCUUCCAGCUCUGUGUGCGGUUGCAAGAGUGCCCACAGCCCAGCCUGUCCCGUGUCCUCGUCCCUGGAGCUGCCAUGAACAUGCCCCAGUCACUGGGCAACCAGCCACUGUCCCCAGAGCCGCCAUCCCUGGGGGCUUCUGCGGAGGGGCCUGGGGCCACAUCCCCACCAGAGCACUGCUGGCCAGUGCGCCCGACACUGCGCAAUGAGCUGGACACCUUCUCUGUCCACUUCUACAUCUUCUUUGGCCCCAGCGUGGCCCUGCCCCCUGAGCGCCCCGCAGUGUUUGCCCUGAGGCUGCUGCCAGUGCUGGACAGUGGAGGCGUCCUCAGCCUGGAGCUCCAGCUCAAUGUGAGCUCCCUGCUCCAGGAGAAUGUGACGGUGUUUGGAUGCCUGACUCACGAGGUGCCCUUGAGCCUGGGGGAUGCAGCGGUGACCUGUUCUAAAGAGUCCCUGGCUGGCUUCCUCCUGUCCGUCAGUGCCACUUCCAGAGUGGCCAGGCUGCGAAUCCCUUUCCCACAGACUGGGACCUGGUUCCUGACCCUGCGCUCCCUGUGCGGGGUGGGGCCUCGGUACGUGCGGUGCCGGAACGCGACGGCCGAGGUGCGGCUGCGCACUUUCCUCUCCCCCUGCGUGGACGACUGCGGGCCCUACGGCCAGUGCAAGCUGCUGCGCACGCACAACUACCUGUACGCGGCCUGCGAGUGCAAGGCCGGGUGGAGGGGCUGGGGCUGCACCGACAGUGCCGAUGCGCUCACCUAUGGAUUCCAGCUGCUGUCUACGCUACUGCUCUGCCUGAGCAACCUCAUGUUUUUGCCACCCGUGGUCCUGGCCAUUCGGAGCCGAUAUGUGCUGGAAGCUGCUGUCUACACCUUCACCAUGUUCUUCUCCACGUUUUACCAUGCCUGUGACCAGCCAGGCAUUGUGGUUUUCUGCAUCAUGGACUACGAUGUGCUGCAGUUCUGUGAUUUCCUGGGCUCCUUAAUGUCCGUGUGGGUCACUGUCAUUGCCAUGGCUCGUUUACAGCCUGUGGUCAAGCAGGUGCUGUAUUUGCUGGGGGCUAUGCUGCUGUCUAUGGCUCUACAGCUUGACCGGCAUGGACUCUGGAACCUGCUCGGACCCAGUCUCUUCGCCCUGGGGAUCUUGGCCACAGCCUGGCCUGGAGCGGCCUUUCCCUUCCACUCAUCCUUCGAGGCUCGGCUCUCACACCCCUUCUCUGCAGUCUGCUCAGAUGCCCUCGUAGGACUGACCAGCCCAACAACACGAUGCUCACAGCUCUAAGCACAGGGCUUCACAAAUUAUUUUAAAAGAAAGGGGAUGGGCAUAAAAGGACCGAAGCUUCUGUUGCAAUUUCCCAGACAUGCCUGGAUCUAGGAUUCCCGCUUGACCACUUCCUUGCUGGAUGGCAGAGCAGGUGAGUGUGGGCUUUGGAGUCAGACCCACCAGGGCUCAAGUCCCAGAGCUGCCACUUGCUAGCAGUUUUCCCAGCCUCACCUCCCUUACCUGUAAAGUAGGGAUAAGCAUAGUGUUUCCUUGUGGGGUUGUUUUGAGGAUCCAGUGAGAUGAGGCGUGCAGAGCUCUUAGCACAGAGCCUGGCACAUGGUAAGUAAUCAGUACGUGGUAACCAGUACCGCUUAUAUCAUUAUGUCCUCUUUCACAAGCAGAUAUUCUAGUUUUCAUAUGUUUAAAGAAGAUUUCAUGAGAAUAGUCCACAGGCUAGAUGGAUUGUCCUUACCUCAUCGUACCUAUUGCCCAGUGGCAUGAGCACAUGCAGGUAGCUGGAGCAGGCUGCCAGGUGUCCUGACCCAGGGCUUGGGAGAGCAGAGCCCGCAAGUGCUGAGCUCAUUACCGGCAGACACACUGUGCUGGGAUGGACCAGGGCCAAAGCCUCAAGGACAAGCCUCCUGGUCCCCUGCCACAUAGCUCUCUGCUCCGUGCCCUGGGGAACCUCUCAGUCCCUGCCCAAUUUAAAGUUCAGACUCUGGAACUACGCAAGUUUGUGGGUUUGGCAGCUGUGGGGCUCAGAGACCCCAGGAUUCUUGUGCUUCCCUGGGAGGGCCUGGCUGCGGUGAGAUGGGUGCAGGAGAAACACUGGACAGAAUCUGAUCGGGUCUCGGUGCCACCCUGCCACUUGAAUCCGAGGAUUGAAGUCUGGGGCCCCCUGUCCUAGGCAUGGGUGUCUUGGUCUGUGAGAAGGGGUGUCUCCAUUCGAGAAUGUUGUGAGGAUCGGGACUCAUGAAAGUUCCGGAAAGCGCAUUGCUGUAUAGAGUAUGAGGCCACGAGCACUUGUGAGGGACUUUAAGUCAGGGAUUCAGUCAGGUGCAUGGGUCUCUACAGGUUUCCUCUCCCUUCCCUUCAUAAAGACUAACAACCAACACAGUUGUUGUAAAGACUACAACACAGCCUUAAAUAAAUCAGCAGCAGCGACAGAGUUUUCCCUUAUACUAUGAUUUGUCCUUCUGAAUCUUUAUCAAGAUCCCAGGUCAAAGUCAAACAUUCGAAGACUAUUACCACUUGUUUUCUCCGUGCUCGUGGAAUAGUGCCCUCUUGCCACCCGUGGACACCUGGAACUCAACACCAUCCCCCUGCAUCUCUCAUCUUCCCCAUCUCUGUCUCAGCGGGCGGCAAAUAAGCCAGAAACACAGGCUGCACCUCACAGGCCUCUCUCUCCGUCUUCCAGCUCUGCAGUCAUCUGCGUAUCCCAAGUAUUUCUCAGCUGCCCUCUCUCUGCUUGGUUGCCCAGUGGGUCAGGUUGCCCCUGACUUAUUCUCAUCCCCACCGUGAGAGCCUGGAAUAGGGCAGCAGCUUCCUCACUUCCUGCCUCUCGGGCUGGAGGCCUUCUCAUCAGUGCUCUAUUCUGGAACCAGGUGAUCUUGCAUUUCUUAAAAAUGUAUCACCUUAUUUUUAAAUUCAAAACUAGAACAUGACUUUUAAGUUCAAAGUCAUGUUCAUAUUAUAUAAAUAUGGGAAAUAUUGGCAUUAGUUAAAUAAGAAAACAAUUGGCUCUAACCGAUCAAUCCUAUUUAACCCCACCACCCAGUGGAAACAACUCUUAAUAUUUUGUUCUGGUUUCCCAGGAUUUUUUGCAUAUAUACUAACUCAUAAAUCCAUAACAAAAAUACUUUAAAAAAUAACAUUGGGAUCAUUUUCUAUUAAUUACAUUGUGAGCAUUUCUCAUUAUCAAAUAUUCUUCAGAAAAUAAGAAUUUUUUGAAGGCUGUAUCACAUUCUAUCAUUGGACACCACCAGUAUUUAUUGGACAUUCUUCUAUGAUCGGAUGUUAAGAUUCUUACAACUUUUUGUUACUAUAAAUAAUGCUAUGAUUGAUGUCCUCAUACAUAUCCUUGUUCAUAAAUCUUUAUGCUUCUAAUGAUCAUAUUAGACCAGUUCUUAGAAGUAGAUGGGUUAGGUCAUAGAGUCUAGCAAUUUUUAAAGUCUUUUGGAUCAUACUUCCAACUGACCUUUCAGGAAGUUUAUAUUAACUUAUUGCCAUCCCCACCAGCAGCGUAGGGCAUUACUUCUUCACUGCACCUUCAUUACCAACAGAAAUUUAAAAAAUUCUUCACCAAUUUCAUGGGUGGAAAAUGGUAUCUAAUCAGUGAGCUAUUUAAAAGUAAAUGUGAUUGGGGCGCCUGGGUGGCUCAG